GCUUUAUCUGACCAUCUUCACUUUGAAAGUGAGAUUCGUGAAUCAUCAAGGCUGUUACAAUGUCCAAUCCGACGCCUAGGCGCCGCCUUGUCGGGCUCUCUACCAAAAUGUAUUUUUCUCUCCAGCGAACCAGAGACUUUACGAAUAGCUUCAUUUCGAAGCUAGCAGCCGUGCCUCAGGAGCUCUUAUCCAACAUCGACAUCUUCAUUAUCCCCGACUUCAUCUCCCUCGCCAGCACUAUUGGUCAGCUAGAAUCAAGCCCGGUUCCCAUUUGGACCGGCGCUCAAGACUGUCACUGGGAAGACCAGGGCGCAUUUACCGGCGAAGUCAGUCCCUCUGUGUUGAGUAGUGCAGGCGUCAAGCUCGUGGAAGUUGGACAUGCGGAGCGAAGGAGAAUUUUCGGUGAAGACGAUGCUAUGGUUGCGAAGAAGACCGCAGCGGUGAGCCGCAACGGCAUGAUACCGCUGGUGUGCAUAGGGGAGAGAACGCAAGGCGACGUGCAUGCUGCCGUCGAUGAGUGUCGCGUGCAAGUUGACGCCAUCAUGAGUUCUGUGGCCGAUGAAGCAGAGGUUAUCCUAGCAUAUGAACCCGUAUGGGCAAUUGGAGCAAGUCAGCCUGCUGGAGAGAAGCACAUUCUCGACGUUGUAGCUGGGAUUCGAGAUCUGGACUCUGUCAAGUCGAGGACAGGGACAACGAGAGUCCUGUAUGGAGGUAGUGCCGGGCCAGGGCUUUACGAGAAGUUGAAGACUGGGUUGGAUGGAUUGUUUCUGGGCAGAUUUGGGCACGAUCCGCAGCAAUUUAUCAAGACGAUACAGGAAGUUGCUGAAGCCUGAAACCGAGAGAAUGCAUUGUGCUUCUUUGUGGACGGUUGAAGGUUUGAUUACAGGCACUGAAUAUCCUACAUUCAAUUCUUCAAGACUGGACUAUGGAACGAGAAUAAGUUUGACCCGUGAGAGUUAAACAAAAACGGCAUCAUCCUUGUUGCAGACUCUGAGCUCAACAACUUUGUCAGAAUACUCAGAUACAAGCUUUCCCCAUCUAGCGCCCGUCUCUUGAAUCCUUCAAUCAUCCCGUCCAUUCAGGUUUAGGGCAUUAACUAGAAUAGAGAACACGAACCCUCAACCCACAAAUUUCAUAUCACAUCUCACUUCC